CUUUGCUCGUUUGUUCCCCCCCGGAAUGUUUUUCGCGUCGCUCCAGUGUUUCCGGCGUCCACUUCUUUGCAGUAAAUCAACGCAAAUUUAAAGUGUCCUCUUCUACCUCGUCUCGUCCGCAAUGGCUGGAAACUUCUGGCAAAGUUCUCACUAUCUGCAGUGGGUGCUGGACAAGCAGGACCUCAUGAAGGAACGACAGAAGGACCUCAAGAUCCUUUCUGAGGAGGAAUACUGGAAGCUGCAGAUCUUCUUUGCCAACGUCAUUCAGUCUUUGGGAGAACACUUGAAGCUGAGGCAACAGGUUAUCGCCACCGCUACUGUCUACUUCAAACGCUUCUAUGCAAGAUAUUCACUAAAAAGUAUCGACCCAGUUCUCAUGGCUCCGACCUGUGUUUUCUUAGCUUCCAAAGUGGAGGUAUGGACACUUUCAGAAGUCUUCACUGAAAAUAUUAUCCCUCGACGCUGGGGCUAA